AUGAAGACUUCUCUCCAGGCUUUGGCAUUGCCACUAGCCUUUAACUUGCUCUCCCUCGUCCACGCCAUACCCGGUGGUCCCUGGAAGGCCUGGAAGGGUUGCUGCGUCCCUCAUGACGAUUCCCCCCCAGCCACCAACACCACCGAGGAUGCCACCACGAUCAUCCCCCGUCAAUCCUCCUGCCUUUCAACCGGCACCCAAUCCACCAUCAACGCUCUCUUCUCCUCCGGCGGCGCCAACACCAUCGUCCGUCUCUGUCCCGGCGUAACCAUCCCCAUCACCGCCCCCAUCGUCUUCACUGCUCCGGGGCAGGAACUCUCCACCCAGGGUUACCCGACCGAUUCCACCCGGGCCACCAUCCUUAUCCAGCCUGGCAGCACCGUCACCUCAGCUAUCCGCGGCAACUGGCAGAACAACGUCAAGGUGCUCAACAUCCAGGUAGACGGCAACCGGCCCAACGCCGGGUAUCUGGGCGGCGAUGCCUUGCUGGAGAUGGGCGGUGGCACGGAGGGCCAGACGGUCAGUCACACGGUGGUCAAGAACACGCGCAGCUGGAGCUGCGUGCAUUUCAUCGGCAGCGGACAGGAGAACAAUCCGUGCCGGCAGGCGACGGUGAUGUUUAACGAGGUUGGGCCGUGUGGGCAUGAAGGGACGGAUCCGGCGACGGGAAAUGGACUGUGGGCGGAUGGAUUGAGUAUUGAGUGUAUCGAUACGACGGUGACUGAUAAUACUAUCACAGGCGCCACAGACGGCGGCAUAGUAAUCUUCGGCUCCCCCGGCUCCCACAUCCUCUGCAACACCAUCGUCUCCACCUCCUCCUCCGGCCUGCAAUUCGGUGGUAUCAACAUGGUCGACCCGACCUGGGGCGGUAACUACACCGGCGUGGUCGUCUCCUCCAACACCAUCACCGGCGGACCAAACAGCUUCAUCAACUUGGGAAUCGGCAUGGGUUCACAAGUCUGGUCGAACCCGCACCCGGAAACCAAUUUCGGACAAGUAACCGUGAUCAACAACGUGUUUACAGGCAACAUCGGCUUCUCCAUCGUCAUGAACGGCUGGCUGGGUGGUCUCACGGUCACGGGUAACUCGGUAAGCGGGGUGACGACCCCUUCUUCCUCUUUCGCUUCGGCUGCGGGUUGUGGAGCGGUGCAGCAAGCGAGUUUCGCGGCUUCGGAGCAGUUGGUGUACUACCCGGCCGGCGUGACGGGGUCGUCGGGGCCGAAUACUAUUCAGUCGCAGUUUACUGCGCUGGCGACGAAUGCGUCCAACUGGCUUUGCUUGACGAAUCCGCCGCCGCUGCUGCCGGAUACGAAAUCCUUUUUGCCCAACACCUUGUCUGUUGAUGCGUCUACUUCACGGGUCGUUUCGCUCAGGGACUUCCAUGUGCAAGUGCAGGGCGAUGGGAACGUGGUUGGGAUUGACACGACCGGGGCGUCCGUCACCUUGAUAGACUGGCCAUCCCCACGGUGUUGUGCCCUUUGCACUGGAACUUCAUACUAG